AUGAGCUCCGGCGGCGGCGACGACAGCCGCCCCAGGACCUCCUCGGACCACCCCGCCCCGGCGAGAGUCUCCCUCAGCGCCCUGCGCGCCUUCGAGAACCCUCGCAAUGGCACUGCGGGCCUCGGGCAGAAGUGGUCGGUGUCGUUCAACCGCUCGCUGGAGGACGCCCAGAAGAGCGCCGAGGCGUUCCUGAAUUCAAACCCCGACAUGAAGCAGCUCGUGGACUACGUCGAGGAGAUCAAGGGCAAGGCCAUGUCAACGGUCGACAGCUUCUCGAAGCGCCUCAACAGCGCGGGGCCGAUGGGGCAGCUCGGUGCAGGCGCGGGCGGCGUUGCGGGGCCCACGAGCCCCAACACGGGCAUGUCGCUGUGGCCCUUCCAGCCCGGUGGCUCCCAGAACAUCCUCGGGCUCCCCCGCAACCCCUCCGAGGGCUGGCUGCGCAAGCCCCCGCCCGGGCGGUCGGCGUCGUCCAAGGGCCCGCGCGGGACGCCGGCCAGCAAGCCCGCCGGCGACGAGGACGCCGGCGCCGACGACGCGCAGUCCGAGAGCGGCGCGCUCGUGUCCCGCCCGGGCGCCGUCCCGCGCGUGGUGCCGCCGGCGCGUGGGCAGCGCGUGUCGGCGGGCGACGCAGCGACGUCCGCCUCCGGGUCGCCGUCCACGUCCGCGCCGCUCCGCGUCACGGAGGAGGAGUCCGUCCUCGAGGGCCCGAAGCAGCUCGUGAAGACGACGGACGAGUCCCGCGCCAUCACGGCGGCCCGCGACCGCAUCCGGCGUGUGUCCUCCGCCGCGACGAUCGACGGCGCCGCCGCCGCGAAGCCGUCGUUCAAGACCGGCGGCGACGCGACGGCCAUCAUCCCGGGCGCGUCGCGCCGCCGCGCGUCCUCGAACAGCCGCGGCGCCGCCCCGGGCGACAGCGGGACCACCGUCGCCGUGCGCGACGGGCGCAACGCGGCGAGCGAGCGCCCGAGCGACUCCCCGUCGUCGUCCGGCCGCGGCAACGGCGACCAGCUCUCCCUGCGCGACAUCGGCGACGAGACCGAGCGCGCCCUCACCGAGGCCGACGAGGGCAAGGGGCUGGGCAUCAUCUCCUUCGGACCGUUCCGGUUCCGCCUCCCGCUGCCGAAGAUGGGCGGCGGGCUCGCGCAGAAGAACGAGAAGCUCCGGAGCAAGCUCGGCAGCAUCCGCGACAAGGGCCGCAAGAUGGCGGUGGUGACGACGGCCGCGCUGCCGUGGAUGACGGGCACGGCGGUCAACCCCCUCCUCCGCGCGGCGUACCUCUCGCGGGACGGCGACCGCGAGGUCACGCUCGUCGUGCCGUGGCUCGCGAAGUCGGACCAGCGGCAGGUCUUCCCGAACGGCCUGACGUUCGACACGCCCGAGGCGCAGGCGGCGUGGAUCAAGCAGUGGUGCAGCAAGCGCGUCGGAUUCGAGUCGGACUUCAAGGUCAGCUUCUACCCGAGCCGGUACGCGCCGGAGAAGGGCUCGAUCCUCGCCGUGGGCGACAUCACGUCGUACAUCCCCAAGGAGGAGUCGGACAUUGCGAUUCUGGAGGAGCCCGAGCACCUCAACUGGUACCACCACGGGCCGCGGUGGACGAACCGGUUCAACCACGUGGUGGGCAUCGUGCACACGAACUACCUGGACUACGCGCGGCGCGAGGACAUGGGGGAGAUCAAGAGCCUCAUCCUCCGCGGGAUCAACAACGUGGUGUCGCGGUCGCACUGCCACAAGGUCAUCAAGCUGUCCGGCGCGGUGCAGCGGAUGCCGCGCGACCUGACGGAGAACGUGCACGGCGUGUCGCCGUCGUUCCUCAAGGUGGGCGCCGAGCGCGCGGAGAUGGACCCGGCGUCGCGGUUCUCCAAGGGCAUGUACUUCAUCGGCAAGGCGGUGUGGGGCAAGGGGUACACGGAGCUGAUGGACCUGCUCGAGAAGCACCAGCAGCGCGGGCGCGACCCCGUGCACGUGGACAUCUUCGGCACCGGCGACGACAUGCCGGCCAUCCAGGAGCGGGGCCACGCUUCGCGGCUGGACGUGCAGUUCCACGGCGCGCGGGACCACCUCGACGAGUCCAUCCACGAGUACAAGGUGUUCUGGAACCCGUCGACGUCGGACGUCGUGGCGACGACCACGGCCGAGGCGCUCGCGAUGGGCAAGUUCGUCGUGGUGGAGGACAUCCCCUGCAACGCCUUCUUCAAGCAGUUCGCCAACUGCCUGACGUACAAGACGCCCGAGGAGUGCUCCGUGUGCCUCGAGCGCGCGCUCAGCGGCACGCCCAAGCCGAUGACGGAGGAGGAGCGCUACCGCCUGACGUGGGAGGCCGCGACGCAGCGCUUCCUGUCGGCCGCGGAGAUCGACGCGAUGGGCCGCACGAACCUGCCGGAGCGCGCCCUGGACAACGUCGUCGCGAAGUCGUUCAACGCGAUCUCGGGCGUGGAGUGGAUCCGCCGCGGGAUGGGCGCGGGGGCCAACACCAAGCACAACCCGCCGUCGCUGACGGAGUUCGAGCCGCCCGCGGAGACGGGCGGGUUCUUCGACAACAAGGCGCGCGCGGACCGAUACUUCACGAAGGCCAAGCCGCAGGCGCAGGCACAGCCGCAGCCGCAGCCCAUUGCGGUGUCGGCGUCGUCCAACACGGGCGGCCGCGGGGAGGCGGCGUGA